AUGAAACACUCAAAUUUUAAUAAAAAUAUAAACUCUACUGAAAGUGAAGAAAAGACAGAAAUGAAUUUAAUUACCCAUGAGAAGAAAGAAAAGAAAGAAAAUAAAAAAAAAAAAAAAAAAAAAAAUUUUUUAAACACAAGUAAUUUUAAAGAGCAUCUAAACGAUGAGUUAGUUAAAAAUGCAAUCCACAUGACUUCAGACGGAGGAGAAUCCCUGCGUUCCACUAAAAGAACACUUGUCAAAGAAGCUAAACAAGCAUUGGGGUAUCCAAAAAAUAGUAAGAAUCGAAGCAAUGAGAAACACCACAACCAAGGUACUAACUUAUGCACUGAAGCAAAUGAAACAGAGAAAAAACAAAAGGGACGUGAAAUAGAGAAUAUCUAUUCAAUGAAAAAGUGUAACAGAAGUGUUAUUGAAGGAAAAAAUAAAAUAAUGGAAAAAGAGCAAUCUGUCCAAAUAAUAAAUAAUGGAAUUUUGGGACAUAACAGUGGAGAGUCAGAAGAACUAUACCUAUACAAUGCCAUCAAUAAUCCUUUUGAAAAAAUGAAGAAACUAAUGCUGAAAACGAGUACCAUAUAUUUUAGCAAAGCAGAGGAUGCUUGUUACAGCUUGUUAAAGGAUUAUCACAAAGAGACUAGUGCUAUCUUGGAGGAAGUAAAAAAUGAAACAUUUGUAGAAGCAAAUUUAAUGAAAAAUGAAAUAGAAGAUACCUUAAGACAGGUAGAAAAAUUCACAGAAGAUGCACUUUAUUUAAAGUGGGAUGGAGAAGUUAUACAACAAAAUGCAGUGAAUGAUCAAAAGCAUCAUAAAACAAAGUACCAGUUCUAUGUGAAGUAUUACGAAAAUUUGAUGAAAUUAAAAAUAUGUGAAAAUUUUACUUCAAUAAUGAAUAAAGACCUUUCACCUGCUACCUAUAGCAAUAAAUGCAAACUAAAGGAUUGGGCAGAAGAUAUAAAAAAUUGCAUAUUGAAUAACGUGAAAAAAGAAAUAGACAUAAAAAAGAAAAAGGUAAAAGAUAAGUGGAUAGACACUCAAAAUUUAUUCACAAAAUUAAAUAAAAAAAUUAAAGAUUUUAUAUCCAAUUUUGAAAAAAAAUAUGAAAUUUCGCUAAAAGGGUUAAGUGCUAACUCAGAGCAAUUAGAAGACAAAUUGAAAGAAAAAAUUUUUUUCAGCUCUAAUGAAGUAUCCGAUUUGAUUAACACUGAAAUGGAAAAUAAUAAAAAGUUUUUUUUAGAUUAUAUAAACUACUUUAAUGAUUAUAUAACCAAGAUAUAUAAUUAUAUAUAUGUAAAAUAUUCCAAAUGUGAAAAUACAUUCUUCUUCAACAUUCUUCAAGAGAACAACUAUAACGACCUCUCCUAUCUGCAUUUUAUUCUUUCUCAAAAUUACGUAAACAACUUGUCCAGCGAUCAAGUUUUUUGCCACUUAAUUGACAUGUUCCAGGAUAGCUAUAACUCCACAUAUGUAAAAAGGGUAAGCUUAGCUGACGACCAAUAUUUUCUCACCUUUUUCCUCCCCGAGGAUGCGAAGUGUGAGAGGUGUGAGAAGUGUGAGAGGUGUGAGAAGUGUGAGAGGUGUGAGAAGUGUGAGAAGUGUGAAAAGUGUAAAAAGUGUGAAAAAUGUGAGAAGUGUAAAAAGAGUGAAAAGUGUGAAAAGUGUGAAAAGUGUAAAAAGAGUGAAAAGUGUGAAAAGUGUAAAAAGAGUGAAAAGUGUGAAUCGUGCCUGAAGCAGCAGCACCCAGAUGUGAACCCCAGUUUCUACACAAGCAUGAAUAAUUAUUACAAUGAAAACCUCACAAAAUAUGACGAGCUAAAAGCAAAAAUAAUUUGCUAUAGAGAAGUAGUUCAGCAUCUGCUUUUCCACUGGCACAACUUCUUAAAUAUUUUCGGAGAGGAACACGACCCUUAUCCAGAUCAAGUGGAACAUGAAAAUGUAGAGAAAAAUGGAAGAAUUGCUCAUCAGAAGCAAGGAAAAAACGAAGCUCCUACAAAUUUGAAUGCAAAAAUUGCUACAAAUUUUGGUGCAAAUUUUGAUGCAAAAUGGAAGAACAGCUAUAAUAGUAACAACAGAAAGAAAAAUCAAGGAGGGAAUAUUCGAGAAUAUUCCAUUUCCUCACCGAAAGAACCGACACAGAGACAAGUCAAGGAGGAACCUGUAUUAGAGGCAGACGUGGGUUCAAGCGGAUAUGUAGAUGUGCCAAAUUUGGGAGAAGAAAAAUUGGGACAUGGGUACCGAAACGAAAAAAGAGGGGAUGCACAAAAAUGCAAAAUGAACAUAGAAAGUGUUGAUAAAAACAAAGAAGCAUUCACGAAGUGCACAGAAAAUAUUUUAAAUUAUUACAACGUAAUAAAUUUCAGGGAUGACUAUUUCUUGUUAUCCUAUUUUUCCAUUUUGGAGACCAUAAAAAGUGAUAUAUUUCUCAUGCAUACACAAAAUGAAAAGGAAAUAAAAAAAUAUGUCAACCACUGCACUUUUCAAUAUCGUCUUAUACUUGAAAAUUUAAAUGAAUUAUUUAACCAGUAUAAUACACUCGUAAAAAAAUGCUUAAAGUGCAAGGAUUACUUGAAUCUAAGCAAGCUCUUACCUAUGAAAGAUGAAGCUGAGAAAAAAUUGGAAAAAUUUAUCAAAUCUUCAAAAGAACAAGUAUACACCAUUAAUGAUAAAUUUCAACUUCAGUCUAAACGUCAAUGGGAAAUUUUUUUUCACGUUGCUUUGAGAAAAGCUAAAAUGAUUAGCGAGGAAGAGAAUCUAGGAGAAGCUCAAAUUGAGCACAGCAGAAAGGAGAUUGAAGAUGAAAGGAACAUAAUAAAACAGAUAAUCGAGGAGAAGAAAUAUGCACACAUAUGUAACACAGAAAUAAUCUGGACAUAUGUCUAUGACACGUAUAGGAAUAACAUGAGGAGACUCAUGUGCAAUGGAGAAUCUAGCAAGGUGAAUUACCAAAGAAAGGAUAAAAAAAAAGGAUAUUCAGUUCCCCAAAAAGAUUAUGAAAAUGACUAUCUUAAGAGAUGUAAAAAAAAAAAAGACCCUAUAGAAGAAAACAUAAGGGAUAUAAGAAGAAAAUAUAUUCUCCAAAGUGACACAAUCAGAAAAGAGGUAUAUUCUUAUCCGUUAAAUGAUCACCACCUUCUCAUGAUAAACAAGGAAAAGCAGGGAGGACAACAAGAACAAGUGAGAACAGUAUCACCAUGUGUAGAGGUAGUAACUACACUUAUAGAAUCACCAUACAUCACGUUAAACUAUGACGAUGUGCUAUUUAACAUGGAUCAUUUGAAAAAGCAGUUCAAGCCAUUUGUAGAGAGUUCCUAUGAAAAAUUCAAAAAAAAUUUGCUUACUUAUUUGAUAAAAAUAAAAUCAAAACAGGAAUAUAUAAAGGGCACUGAAGAAAUUGAUACACACAAAUACAUAAAAUAUAUGGAAGAGAAAGAAGAAAAAGUUAGAAAAGUGACAUUAACACUGAAGGAAAGGUUUAUAAAAAACAAAGAAAUAUUUAACAAAUCGUCCCAAAAAUUAUGCAAACUUAUAAAAGAAUAUGAAUGUAUUAUCAAGAACGACAAUGUAGAGGAUGAGAACUUCAAAAACAGUAUUAAAAAUGUGGAUAAUUUCUUAUCCCAAAAUAUAAAUGACUAUAACAAGAUUAGCAGUAAUUAUACAUCAACUCUUAUCGAAGAAAUAAAAAUUAAUUAUAAAUGCAUUAGAGAAAAACUACAAAAUGCUGAAAAUAAUUUAAACAAUGAAAUUAAAAAACUAGAAACAUACUACAAGAUGUUUAUCAAAACAAAUGAAACUAAUAUAGACAUAGAUGCUAUAACAACACUUUUACAAAAUUCAAACAAUUUUGUUUUUUCCAUUGUUAAGAAAAAACAAAACAUGGAAAAGCUAUUUAAUUCUAAUCUAUACAUUUUUGAAAACAAAAUUAGGGAUAUUUCUUCCAAAAUGUGUAACAAAAUUUUGGAAUCGUAUGUACCAACCCCUUCUCCUUCUUCUUCUUCUUCCUCGUCAGAUAGACAAAUGAUAAACUAUCUUCUUAUCAAAGAAGAAAUCAAAAAUAACAUUCUCAUUUUUUAUCUCUUAGUUUAUUAUAUAACAUCUGACAUUACUCGGACCAAAAGAGGUGUACUAGAAGAAGAAACAAAACAACUUCAAGAUCCUCAGUAUAAUCAGAAAAAAAAAAAAAUCAAGAAACAAAAAAUGGAUCAGUUAUACAGGUUUACCACUAGGAUGUCAUCAAAAAUUCAAAAUCCCAUUAAUUGGUGUACACCUCAAGCGUCUAACAAAGAGCAGAAUGUCCAUAAAUCAUCCACGUUUGGUGAAAAAGGUCAUAUCUCCAAUAUCACUACCAGCAUGUACCCUGAGAAGAUGAAGGAAAUAAAUUCACACGGAACAUUUGUACAUAUGCAAAACAGAAUAUAUCAGAUGAAUAUUUUUCAAAAAAUACAAAAAAUUUAUGAAUUCGAUAUAAAAAGAGAGAACAACAUCGUGAAUAAUUUUUCCCUAUCGCGUAUAAUAGAACCACAUAUAAAUCAUUUGCUAUUCUCAAACGAUACCAUUGUGAAAGAAAGUAAAGAUGACCUUUUCACUUUUUGUUUACUUGACAGAUGGAUUUUAACUAAAGGAAUCGAAAUAGAAGUAACCAGACAAGCAGAUGUAAAACAAGGACUGAAAAAAACUUCCCAAAUAGAGAACCAGUUUCCAUUGAAGGGACAUGCAGAUGAAAUCAUUCCACAGCAAAAUUCAGAUCCAAGUGAUUGUAAAAUGGAAGGAAAUGAGAAUAGCAACAUUGAAAUAAAUUCCAAUAGCUGUAACCAACAAGCGAUCAUUUCUAACGGGAUGAAGAUAAAAAAAAAUGGAAAAAGUGUUGUCGUGACAUGUGGGGAAAAGAAGAAAAAUAAUAGAAUAAGCAAAACAGAAAAACAACAUGAUAAAAAUCAGAACAGAAGAAGCAAAUGCAAUACUGACGAAGAUGCACAUCUUGUUAAAACCAAAUCUGGAAAAGAGGCAUCAGAAGACUACACAUCUAACUACGUGCAAAAUGAACUUAUUCGAAAAAAUUAUUGUGAUUUGAAAUUGUUUUUAUACACAUGUGUGUAUAUAAUUCACUUUAUAAACAGAAUUAUUCACCCAUCCAAUAAAUGUCUUGCAAAGGAGGAGGAGAAGGAGGAAGAAAGUUAUAGACAUAUAUUAUUCAUUUAUUAUGACCUCUCGUAUUCAAUAUAUAAGGACACCCUUUUGAAUCCAAAUUUGAAAAACAGAAAAAUACACCUAAACGCUUUAACACUAAACAAGAAAUCCAUGUCACCUUUUAUAGUUUUCCCCAACCAUAUAUUAGUCAAAGUUGGGUUGAUGGAUUUGUUUAACUUUGAAAAAGAGGCGAUCUCAGAAUUGUUUAAAACUUAUUUUUCUCAAAUGAGAUCCUUGAAGUUUACCAGAAAAAGUGGCGAACAGUUUACAAAAAUCGAAAGCGAGUACUCUGGAGAUAUAUCCUUUUUAACAAUUUAUUUAAAAGUUCUGUCAAAGAAACUAGCGUACUUUACCUUUAGCUGCAUCUACGAGCGACACGAAACAUUAUGCAGCGAGCGCAUAAGCAGCAUUCAAAACAAUUUUCUUCUCAAAUUUGAAGAAGUAAACGAGCAGUUCAAAAUAAUAGACGUAAAUGUUAGCGGACCCAACAAUAUCCAAAGAAGAAAAAAGAUUAUGAAACAGCUCUUUGAUUUAUAUGUUACUGCCAUAAGAAAAUUGUUAGAAACACAUUUAUUCUACUUUUAUGAAAAUCUGUACAACAACGUUAUUUUCUUCGUUCACAUUUUAAAUAUGUUACCCAAUGAUUGUGCCUCAAAUCAGGCCAGCGGAAAUAUUUUCCAUGAAAACACGAACCAGAAAAAGCAAGUAGAUGUAGCCUUUCUAAAAAUCCAUUACGUUGAUAUGUCCACAGAAUACGACCUGAGCGACAUUGUCAAAAAGAUCGACAAAGCAUAUAAACCCACGGAUGGUGAAAACAAACCUGAACACUCUCCAACGACUAUAAGCACCUGGGAAAGCAGCAUCCCCAAGAGUUCCAGAAACAACAGUGCGCAAGACAGCGAUGUUAAUAGCCGGACUUGGAAGGAAAAGGAGCAAGCGCUAUACCUGACCUACAAUGAGGACAACUUGUUUAUUGUUAAAAAAUUGGAAGGAAAAAUAGAAAAGUAUGUUGCAAAACUUUAUACAUACAUGACAAAAAAGCUGGAUGAGAGGAAAAAGGAAAUAAUUAAAAUCAUUUCCAACGAUGUAAAAAUUCACAGGAAGUAUUACGAGUGA